CCCUGCCCUCUGCGCCAGGUGCAGCGCCAGGCUCCAGACAUGUCCUGCCCUGAGAAGUGCCAGCAGUGCCAGCCCUGCAACCCUUGCUGCCAGUCCUGCGGCCCCUGCCCGCUGGCCAGCAGCUGCAAUGAGUGCUGUGUCAGGCAGUGCCAGAGCUCCCAUGUCGUCAUUGAGCCGCCUGCUGUGCUGGUGACCCUGCCCGGCCCCAUCCUCAGCUCCUUCCCACAGAACACCGCCGUGGGAUCCUCCACCUCCGCUGCCGUUGGCAGCAUCCUCAGCUCUGACGGAGUGCCCAUCAGCUCCGGGGGCUUUGACAUCUCCUGCAUCACCAACUGCUAUGGUGAAAGAUGUUGUCCAUGCUAAAGACGCUGCCAACAACAUCCUCAGGCAAGAACCUCCAAGACCUCAGAAC